CCUUCGAGGAUGCACAUUCCAGACUGAGCUCAGAAGCCGAGGAAGACGCACCUUGGCGCCUUGGCCGGAGCCAGCGGUCCAGCCUGACGUGCAGCAGAGGAAGAUGCUGUAGCGAGCCACUGAGCAGCCGGUCACCUGGGCCUCUUGGGGAGGGGGACGUGGGGCCCUGAAGGAGUCUUGGGACCGCUUGAUCGCUGCGCCUUCCAGCCGAGAUCCCCCUCCCCACCUCCCCGGGCGAUCUUGGGUGCCUUUGGCUUUUGGAGGAAGUCCUCUUGGCACCUUCUGGAUUGACGUGAGGACCAGCAACCCCCUCCGUGCCCCCUCCAUAGGAGUGCCCUCCUGUCUGAUGUGGAUUUGAGGGUGUGCCAAAGGGGUGGGGCGCUGUUAGCCUCCAGGUAAAGAGAGAGAGGGGCCCCCCCUGCCAUGGCGAGGAAGCCGGCGGUGCAUUUGCUGCUCCCCUUGGCCUUGCUGGUGGCCUCCACGCUCAGCCCGGGAGCCGGGGGCGCCGCCUUGGAGUUCAGCGGCACCACCGGCCAGUGGGCGCGCUACGGCCGCUGGGACGCCAGUUCCUCCGGGGAGCUGAGCUUCAGCCUCAAGACCAACAUCUCGCGGGCGCUGGUGCUGUACCUGGACGACGGGGGGAACUGCGACUUUCUGGAGCUCCUGAUCCUGGAAGGCCGUCUGCGGUUGCGCUUCACCAUCUCGUGCGCCGAGCCGGCCAGCCUCCACCUGGAGACGCCCGUCAACGACGACCGCUGGCACAUGGUGCUCUUGACGCGCAACUACCGGGAGACGAUGUUGGUGGUGGACGGCGAAGCCCGGGUGGCCGAGGUCAAGUCCAAGCGCCGCGACAUGACGGUGGAGAGCGACCUCUUCGUGGGGGGCAUCCCGCCGGACGUCCGCCUCUCGGCCCUCACCCUCAGCACCGUCAAGUAUGAGAUGCCCUUCCGGGGGAUGGUGGCCAAUCUCAAGGUGGGCGACAUGCCCCCCGCCCUCUUGGGCAGCCAGGGCAUCCGCAGCGACAUGGAGUACCUGUGCGCCAAGCAGAACCCUUGCGUCAACGGCGGAAUCUGCACCGUGGUGAACAGCGAGGUGCAGUGCGACUGCAGCCUCACCGGCUUUCAGGGGAAGUUUUGCAGCGAAGAAGAGCUCACGAUGGAAGGUCCGGCUCACCUGACGUUAAACAACCAAGGAGGGUCCCUACCGUACUCGGAAGGGGGGGCAGGGAGAGGAGCCGGUGAGGUGCACCAGACAUCGAAAGGGAAAGAAGAGUUUGUGGCGACGUUCAAGGGGAACGAGUUCUUCUGCUACGACCUGUCGCACAACCCCAUCCAAAGCAGCACGGACGAAAUCACCCUCUCCUUCCGCACCUUGCAGCGCAACGGCCUGAUGCUCCACACGGGGAAGUCGGCGGACUACGUCAACCUCUCGCUCAAGAGCGGCGCCGUCUGGCUGGUCAUCAACCUGGGCUCGGGGGCUUUCGAGGCCUUGGUGGAGCCCGUCAAUGGCAAGUUUAAUGACAACAACUGGCAUGACAUCCGUGUGACCAGAAACCUGCGCCAGCACGCAGGAAUUGGACACGCUAUGGUAAACAAACUGCAUUACCUGGUAGAUAUCAGUCUAAUUGUCUAA